AUGGCGGCCGCCACAGAGAAUGCCGCCUUUGCUGUAGACCCUCUUCUGUAUAAUUUACCGGGAUUUCCGUCAGCCAUCCCGAUAGCGGCAACUCCGGCUAUGAGUCCAUGUGAUUCGGAUGGUAUCGCUGCAUGGGUGACAAUUAGCGGGAGCGCCUUCCCGGCUAUGGUACUAGGCGGUGAACCACGAGUACCCAUUCAUCUACUUCUUAGUCGUGUUCUGCUCACACAAGGAGUUAGUGAAAUCCAAGCUAUGUUGGAACGACUUGAAGCUGGGCGCAACUGCAUAAGCAGUUGGCCUCGAGGCGGUGCGGCGGUGAUGCUCGAGAUGGGACCAUCACUACCUUCACUGCAGCGUUGUGUGGGCAAGGCGAUGCGAUCCUCACGGCUACGCUCCAUCCCACGGCUUCAAGCGCAUACCACGCAAUUGCGCCGAGCUCCAUGUCGAUUUGACGCGACUAUAUCUUCAGAUGACCUGAAUAUACAUAAAUCGAUAGCAACAAGCGAACAAGCGGAUCGUCUACGAAAGAUGGACUCAGAAGUGUCAGGAUCACACGAUUUGAGUAUCUUGAACUUGAUUACACGCUCAGAUGCUGAACGAAUAUGCGGAAUUGUGCGAAUAGAAAGCGAUCCUUCUCCAGAAGCUGAAGCAGACGUGGACGAAUCUGAACGCCUUUCCGUUCAGCACCACGUAUUUGGGACCGUGGACGGAUGGGUUUAUCCAUCACGAAAAGGUGGACGCAGCGUGAGGUGCUCUGAGUGCAAAUGCUUCUUCACACCAGAAGACUUCGUCGCCCACUCCCACACCGAAAAUAGAGAGUCGCAGCGGACUGUGCACUGGGGAUUUGAUCCUUCAAACUGGCGUUUAAUGUUGGAACUGGCACCACCGUCGUUGCAAUCUAGUAUGUGCAGAGAGCAGUGGAAGCAAUUUAUUGAUGAGAAGACGGACCAUCAUCAGAAUGGUCUAGAAGAAAAUAUUCCUACUAACAAGGCAAAACGUGCUACUGUGGACUACUCGGAGGAGGUUCCAGUGAAGGUUGCGCGGUCAAUGGAUUCUUCGGAAGGAAGGUCAGAAACAAUAGAAUCUUCGUGCGCUGACUCAUCGAAUGUGAUCAAAGCACGGAAUCAUCCGAGUGGACUGUUUGGUUCAAAGUCAGUUGACCCACUGGUACUUCUCAACGAGACCAUGAUGAAGGAGAUAGCUUUUAAAGUCAAGUCUUUGGCGAGUAUAAACGCGCAACCAUCAUCAUCCACCAUUGCCCAGUUGAUACCGCUCGACCGGCAGCCGAUUGCGCUGAUUCCAGACCCAAGUACUUUCAUGUUGGUGGACGAGAAUGUGAAGCGAAUAAAGUCAUCUUGUGAAAAGUUAGAAGCUAUCGAAUAUGCGUUGAAGCAGUUUUCACCAACAGAUCCAACAGUUAUGGUUGCUCUUCGAGACGUACGAAUAUCUCUCUUGCAGGACAAUGGCGUCGAGUACCAACGACUGCGAUGUGCAUAUGACUUCCUGUUCACCUUGUUCCGGCAAUUGAGCGAUCCAAUUGGUUGCAUCAAUGAUCCACUAAUGCGAGCAGCAAUGGCUAACUUGCGAGCUGAUCACAUCAGUUCGGGAGUGACAUUAACCAAUGGCUUAAGAAGCGCAUCACACCAGCAAGUGAAACACUUUGGGCAAGGUAGAGAAGGAACAAAGAAUUCAUCUGCUAUGAUCCCAUCUCUUGCAACAUCAACGGCGACCGCGGAUCCACAACUUCUACAGAACAUGUUUGUGCAACAACUCAUGCAAUUCACUACGACACCAUAG